UAAUCAAUCUACCAACACAAACCACAGGUCCACUACGCCAACCAGCAUUCCAUCCCCUACAUUGCGCGAGCCGGCGGUCACGGUGCAACCCAUGCUCUCGGGCAAGCAAAAAAUGCGACCCAGAUUGAUUUUCGCUCGACGAACCACAUCACACUGGCAGAAGACAGACAGACAGGUAUGAUUGGCGGGGGUGCAAAUGCGAAAGAAGUCAUAGAUGCUCUUACGCGUUUAAGAAAACGAACAGGAGGCGGUCAUGGUUGGCUUCAAGGCCAAUACGGACUCAUGGCCGACCAGGUAAUCUCUGCUCGUCUCUUGCUUCCUCCUGGCGAACUGGUUACUGUAUCUCAAAAGUCUCAUCCGGAUUUGUUUUGGGCCAUUAGAGGCGCGGGACAUAAUUUCGGGCUGGUGGUGGAGUGGGAAUAUCGUGUUUCUGAUGAUCAUGCUCCGCUGUGGUCUUAUGAAAUCUUUGUUUAUUCGGGGGAUAAACUUGAAGCUCUCUAUGAGGAGACGAAUAGAUUGUUGCGAGAUCAGCCAGCGGAGCUGGUUCAUUGGGGAUACAUUAUUAAAGUUGCAGAGAUUGAUCCAGAUCAUCCAGUACUGUGGUUCGGAAUCAUCAACAACGGUUCUCCCGAUAUAGCCAACACAUAUGCCAAACCAUUCCAUGAAAUCGGACCACUAAGUGUACAGACGGGUCAGGGAUCCCUACAUGAUCUUGCCGUCGUCACCUUUCAAGACGCAGAUGGUCCAGGAUGCGCUUACGGAAUGACAUCUCUCCGCUACCCCAUCGGAUUGAAAUCAUACAAUGUGAUGGGCGUCAGAAAGGUAUACAACGAGACCGACUCAACAUUACGCAAAGUUCCAGAGAUAGCUGGUUCAUUUUUCUUGCUCGAAGGCUACUCGACUCAACCGGUUAAAGCCAUCGAUGCAGCAAGUACGACAUUUCCGCACCAAGAUGAUAAUAUCGUGGUUACAUCGUACGUCAUGUAUGCGCCUGACUCGAACAUCGACCCGGUAGCAAAGGAAUUUGGUGAAAAGCUUCGGAAAUACUUGCUAGAUGGAAGUGAGGAUCCAGAACAUCUCCACGCCUACGUCAACUAUGCCGAUGGCGAUGAGUCUCUACAGGCGAUCUAUGGGUGGGAGACAUGGAGAUGGGAGAAAUUGAAGAAACUCAAAGCUCAGUGGGAACCUAAGAAUACCAUGCGGUAUCAUGUUCCUAUUGAACAGAACAUCAACUAGUUCUUACAAGUACCU